AUGCAAGAGAUUAAACAAAUACCAUCAUUUCUAUAAAAAUUAUAUGAAAUACUUGAAUCCGACUAAUCAGCAAUUGGAUGGAAUAAAGAUGGGACUACAUUUUAGAUUUUGGAUUCAUCCUUAUUGACAGAAGAAAUAAUGCCUUAAUAUUUCAAACAUCGCAAUUAUCAGAGCUUUCUGAGAUAACUCAAUAUGUAUGGAUUUAAGAAGCUUAAAAAUAAACAUGGUAAAAGCGAAUUCCAACAUUCUCAGUUCAAAAGAGGUCUCAAGAAUAAUCUAUUGAAGAUCAAACGAAGAAAUUAAGAUGAUAUUAAGCAAAGUUUGGAAUCUUUAACCAAAGAAUUCGAAUAGGAGUCCUAUCUCAAUGAACACGAAAAACUUCGCAAGUAGCUUGUAGAAUUGUAUUCGAACUAAAGAUCACUCUUAGAAGAGAUCAGACGUUAGAUGGAACGUAACAUAAAUCUUCAACGCGAGACUCAAGAUAUUACUAAUAGGAUCAACACAGUUAAAAGUUAUCAUCUUAAAAAACUAGAUAAACUAAUUAUCAUCAUUUAGAAACUCCCUGAAGAUGCGCAAAUCAGUAAGAUGGCUUUGAUGAAGGAAAAAAUCCUCAGGAAAUUGGAACUCAUUGAAGCAGAGAAUAUCUGCAUGAAAGAAAUUUCCUUAGAAAAGCAAGACUCUUCCAUGUAUCAAGAACCCAAUCUUACGGGAGUCAAAAGUCCUGCUGGCUACUCACCUAAAACUAAAUGA